AUGAAUUUUAGCGUACACCAGGAUUCUCAAUCGAUUGAAAGCACUUCGAACCCGUUGACUCCAGCAUCGUCGUUGUCUUCAUCACCAACCUUUGCUUCAUCACCAUUUCUAACGCGCAGACACCACAGCGUUAGUUGUCCUACAAGACAAAUAAAUUUUUCACAAAACGAAGAUGACACGUUGAGUAAAUCUUUCAGCAUACCUGCAGGUUCUCAUUUUUCUGAUAAUUCUCGUGAUAUCGAUCAAAAGAGGUUUCACAAAAGUUCAUGUAGUUUGAAAGAAAAAAGUUCAUGGAAAGAAUCGCUUACGGAGCUUUCAGAAAAACUGCAAUUAAUCUGUGGUUCAGGAAGUCAAAGUUUGUCUAGUAACUCUUUAAAUUCUUUAAAGCUCAAAACUUCUGGUCUUGCGUCCAGUGAGCAAAUUUACAAUUUUUUGAGUGCCGACAAUUUGAACAACAAACUGCAAACAAGUGAUGUUGAAGAAGUGUUCAGAAACAGUUGUCCUGAAACGCCGUUAUUUUUUAACAAUAAUUUUUCUUCAAAAACGUUUGUUAACGACGACGUUCGCACUAAAAAAUAUCAUAAACAGUUGAAAAGGACCGAAAGUGUGACUGAUUCCGAGCACUGCAACCAACAAGUUGUGGUUCGUCAUUUUGAAACUUCCAUUAAAUUACACAACCAAUUAGCUCAGAUAACGGGUCUUAGUAGUAAAAUAUGUCAUAGUCAAAUUCCAAAACCAAACAGAAAACGUUAUUAUUUUGAUAUUCGAAAUAAAAUUUCAGCCGCAAAAAUUCAAGAAGAGAGUUUUGAUAAUUUUUUAAAUUUGGCAUUGAAAAAACAACAAAUUGAUAUAUUUUGUGAAAUCGAAACAGAACACUUGAUUGUAAGAGUAGACAAAGUAAAACGAAAAAUUUUCGUCGAGAAUGCCCAGCUGAGCAACUUGCACGUUCCUUAUAAUAAGAUUCACAAGUGUUACGAAUUUGACUUAGAAAGUGACGUGCCGGAAUGCUGUUUAUGUUUGUCAAACAAAAAUAAAUCUUUAACAAUAACACAGCAUUCUGCCGAUAUAAUUAAUCUAGAAUAUAACGAAUCGGCUGAUAGUUUAUGUUUGCCGGUUGUCAAAGGUGACGAAAAAAGUUAUGGCAAGUACACAAUUUCCAUGUACGUACCAAAAUGUUGCAACUUGAAUGAUAUCUCAGUUCAAACUGUGGACGACAGACUGUUUAUAAUUGGGAAGAAAGAUAUCACUGGGCCAAAGAAUGCAGGUCCAGAAAAGGAUAAGCAUCCUCAUGUCAACUGUUUCAAAGUUGACGUAAAAUUACCAUCUAGUGUCGAUUGUAGAUUGGUGUCAUCUUACUACACUAAAAAUUGCCAAUUAAUUGUAAGUACUGAUGGAUUCACGUGA